AUGAGCAGAACUGUUUUAAGGAACACAGUGGUUCUAUCGCAAUUGGUGAUGAAUGCGAUCAUCAAACGAUGCCUGUCAUCCGCGGCUGCUUCUCCUAGAGCAAUCACUGAGGUGGUUUUCGUUGGAGCAGCAAGAACUCCACUGGGAUCAUUCCGUUCUGUAUUCAAGGAUACACCAGUCACCACUUUAGGAGCGGAAGCCCUGAAAGGUGCUCUAAAAGAUGCAAACGUCGAUCCGAAAAUGGUUCAAGAGGCUUUCAUUGGCUGUGUGGUACCAUCGAACGCAGGACAAGGACCGGCUCGACAAGUCGUAUUAGGAGCAGGAUGCAAGGUCAGCACAAUUGUGACGGCCUUAAACAAAAUGUGUGCGUCUGGAAUGAAGGCAAUCGCGUGUGCGUCAUCGUUGCUCCAAUUGGGCUAUCACGAUUUGGUAAUCGCUGGUGGAAUGGAGAGUAUGAGCUGUGUACCGUAUUAUUUGCCGCGAGGCGAGCUUCCCUUUGGUGGAGCUCAACUCAUUGUGAGUGGAAUUUCAAUACAUCGUCUAUCACUAGAAUGUUUUUCCCUCAAUACCAUCCAGUGA